CGCUGCUCUCUCUCUCUCUCUUUAUAAACCCCUCGCUACUUCCAAAACAUAUCCCCUUCAUUCUCUCUCUAUCUCGCGCGCGUUCGUUCACGUUUUCACAUUCUCUGAUUCUUCCUUCAUACGCACAACAUAGUAAACUCAGAAGACAGGAGGUAGUGGGUGUUGGCACCAACGGAAGAGGGAAGGCAUGCCAUCCGACACCAGCGAGCGGCGACUAGCGAAGCCUCCACACACAGGAGCUCCACCUCCACCGGAUCAUGAAAACCUUCACUGCCCACGCUGCGAUUCCACCAACACCAAGUUCUGCUACUACAACAACUAUAACCUUUCCCAGCCCCGUCACUUCUGCAAGUCUUGCCGCCGGUACUGGACCCAGGGUGGUACUCUCCGUAAUAUCCCUGUCGGUGGCGGCACCCGCAAGAAUCCCAAGCGUUCCCGCACCUCUUCCACCUCUUCGUCUUCUUCCUCCACCUCCUCUUCUACCUCUCAAGACCCCAACUCAGCCACCCCUAUUUCCAUCUCUGCUGAACAACCCGACAUGUCUUUCCCCAUAUGUGGCGACCUCAAUCUUGAACCAAACAUCUCUGGUACUGGCACUGGAACUUUCACUUCCUUGCUCAACUCUCAGAGCACGGGAUUUCUUGCUCUGGGUGGGUUCGGGCUUGGCCUCAGCUCCGGGUUUGACGAUCUAGGGUUUGGACUCGGUCGAGGGGGUUGGCCUUUCACGGAAGUCGGAGAAGUUGGAAGCACAUGGCAGCUCGGGAACGCUGAACCAAUCUUCGCUGACGGUGAUUGCUUUUCUUGGCCGGAACUUGCCAUUUCCACGCCUGGACACGGUCUGAAGUGAACCUCCUUUCCUAUAUCUGUUUUUGGAUUGGGUGAAUCUCUCAGGUGAAGCU